AUGACAGAAGGAAUCCAAAAAAUCAAUUCUACUUUGAUCCAUAGCAUCACAUCAGGACAGGUAAUAAUCGACUUAGCUUCUUCGGUCAAAGAACUAGUUGAAAAUGCUGUUGACUCUCACGCAUCUGUUAUUGAAGUGAGAUUUAAAAAUAACGGAGUUGAUCUAUUGGAAGUUAUUGACGAUGGUGAUGGAAUAGCUAAAAGCGAUUUUAUCGGAUUAGGACGAAAACAUCAUACAUCUAAGCUUAGAUCUUAUGAUGACUUAUUAAUGGUCCAAACUUUAGGUUUUCGAGGCGAAGCAAUCAAUUCACUUUGCUCCUUAGCCAAGGUUGAGAUUAUAACUUCUACAGUUAACGAUCUUCCAUUAGCUACGAAAAUAUUAUUUGAUUUCAAUGGGGAAAUUAUUUCAAAAACAGAAACUUCCGGCAAAAAGGGAACACAUGUUACGGUAUACAAUUUAUUUGAAACUCUACCGGUUCGACGAAAAGAUUUUUUGAAAAAUUCCAAAAGGGAGUUUUCUAAAGCGAUAAAUUUAUUACAGGCUUAUGCCAUCAUAUGUACCAAUGUAAAGAUCGUUGUUUCAAACUCCUCUAGUCAAAGCAAUAAAAAAACAGUGUUAUUUUCAACAACGGGAAAAGGAGGAUUAAAGUCGAGCGUUGCAAAUAUAUUCGGGGUUUCAAUAUUUGAAAAACUAGUACCAAUUGACAUUUCUUUUGAGCUUCUUUACUCACUUCCUCGACUUUCAAAUAAGUCCACAAAACAUUUAGAAAAGGAAUUGGCUAAAGUUGAAAUUAAAGGGUAUGUUUCUAAACCAAGUUUUGGAAACGGAAGAUCAGCUUCUGAUCGCCAACUUUACUUCAUAAAUUCUCGUCCUUGCUCUCUUCCCCAAAUUACCAAAGCAGUUAAUGAAACUUACAAAAUGUUUAAUUCUGCUCAACUGCCUGCUAUUGUAGCAAAUAUCAAACUUGACACUACAAGAUAUGACAUUAAUGUAUCACCAGACAAAAGGACGAUUUUGCUUCACAAUGAAAACGGUUUAAUUGAGCUUGUUCGAGAAAAGUUUGCAGAACUGUUUGAACAAGUUGGCCAUUCAGUUCCUUUCAACAAAAUGGAGACAAUAGAUCUCCCAGAAAAAAAAAUAAAACAGGGAAAUUUAUUUUCUUCUUACUCGAACCGCAACGACUUAAAAAAAGAUGCAGAGAACCUAAUUGAUACCAUUAACAAAUCUCCUAUUGUAGAAAUAGAAGAUAAUCAAAUUGAUCAAAGGGAAUACGUUUCUAAUGAAACAGAGAUAUCACAUUCUCGAUCAACUCGAAGAAAUAUUACCGAAUCAACACUUGAAAGUACUGAUAUUGAUGAAAUUUUGAUUGACCAUGACAAUAUACCCCGGUCUAAAACAGCUAAAGCAGCAUCAAGAAUAUCGGAGCAAACCCUUUUUAAUUUUCCGGAUCCAUGUCUCCAUAAAAAGUGUUUGCACGAACAAUCUGAAGAGUGCGGUACUAAUUUGAAUAUAGAGAAAAAAAUGAAUAAAAACUUUUACAUCACUGACACUACUCAAGCUGAUGUUUGCAAUCUUAAUAAUGAUGAAAGGAAAAUUUCAAAUAUGCAAGCAGCUACAAGACCUGGCUCUCAUAGGAAUAGAACCUAUAAUUAUGACAUGCCUCUUAAAGUUUCUAGUGAAUAUAUUGGAAUAUAUAUUUUGGAAAAUACUGAAGUCGCUGAGCCAAUUCAAUUUGGGUUUUAUUUUGGUGACUAA